AUGGUGAACUUCAUGUGGGCUCUUUUCGCCGCGUUUUCCACCGUCGCGCAGGCGGGAACGAUCGUUUGGGAUGGAACAUUCAACAACUUCAACACCGUGGCAGACUUCGAUAAAUGGUCUUGGGCCAACCAAGUCGGCACAUACCAAUGGUAUAUCCAUGGAAGCAACCCGACCUCCCGUUACCUCGCCCUUGACCCAUCGUAUAAGAACCCGGCGCACACAAACGAAAGGCAUGGGCUAAAGAUGACAAUCGAUUCCACAGCGACAUGGAACUCAAACAUGGAACGCGCCGAGCUCAUUCCACAAACCACAGCCAACCUUGGAACUGGCCAGAUGUACUACCACUUCUCCAUCAAGCGCUCGAAUACAAAUGCACCUGACUCGACGCUCGAGCACCAGAUAAUGUUCUUCGAGAGUCACUUCACUGAGCUUAAAUACGGCGUCGGCUCCCGGCCCACGAACCUCGUCUGGAUGAUCGGAGGGCAGGAAAGAUGGAGCACGGACUUCACUGCGGACACCUGGUUUAACUUCGCAUAUGACAUCAACUUCUCCGCGAGCACCGUCGGUCUCUGGGCCUCCACGGGCGGUAACCCCCUCGUCAAAGUCGUCAACAAUAUGGCGGCGUCUACCUCGACCAACUCUGCCGACUUCCACGUCGGUGUACUCCGCAUCGUUAACACGCCACCUCCCGAGGACUGGUACGUUUCCGGCGUCUAUAUCGAGUCCGGCACCAUCACUACCACCAUCGGAAACGGCUCGACCACUCCGGGCACCACCUCAGACGGAACCACUGCUCAACCCCCUACCACGACUGCCGUUCCCCCAACGGCAACUGCUCCAGCGACCACGACAACUGCUACUGGUCCCCAGCAAACGCAAUGGGGUCAGUGCGGCGGUACCGGAUACACUGGUCCAACGUCUUGUGUGAGCCCGUAUACCUGCAAUGCCGUCUCUCCUCCAUACUACUACCAAUGCCAGUAG